AAAAACUUCAGAAUGCGCGCUGUAAUAUCUGCUUUAUCUCAGUAUGAGAUAAUGUUUGAAUGAACGUCCAGAACACGUGUCAUUCCAAUUCAAGAACAUGUGUGUUGAGAUGGUUUCGUGAAUUCGUUCCAUCAAUUCAGUCUGACAUUCCUUUUUACAAUAAGUCGUUCUUUGUCGAGUGUGAAAUUCACUCACAAAUGGUGAAUGUAUGCUGAUUCUAUUUGAUAGCCCAUUUCGCAGGUCGCUCGGUUUAUUUUGACAAAUAAUGUAGGUUACGGCGUUACACUGGACACACGACAUAUAACCUGUCAAGUAACGUUGAUUAACGAUGGAAGAGGAUGAGGAGAAGAAAUGCCAGGACGAAGAACCCAGUGAGUUUUAUUUCGAGUCGGACCACCUAGCCCUAAAGGGAAAUAAGGAUUACACUACUCUUUUGAAAACGAUCGUAAUUCUGGAAGCGCAACGUGUUCAAGCUAUCGAAGAUUUGGAUAAACUUCUGUCCAUUCGUUCUAAAGCACUGAAAGACCCAAUAUCCUUCGUGGCACAAAUACAGAAUGGUGAGCUUCCGGAACUACCGGGACCCCAGAAAAUCGCAGAAAUCCCUUAUAUUGACUGGUCACAAUAUAAUAUUGCUGUGCCAGAUAUGCGUAUGAGGCCGCAAACCAGACAUGGUCAUGUGUUGCCACAAAUAUCAACAAAGACUGAACAAGAUAAUGGAAAGAUCUUAGUAAGAGGACGUGCGUUUGAUGAAAGCAAACCAGAAACCUUUAAUCAAUUAUGGACUGUCGAAGAACAGAGAAGAUUAGAAGAACUUUUAAUCGAAUACCCACCAGAAGAAGUAGAAAUGAGACGAUGGACUAAAAUAGCUAAUGCUUUAGGUAAUAGAACCCCAAAACAAGUGUCUAGUAGAGUUCAGAAAUACUUUAUUAAACUCUUGAGAGCCGGUCUACCUAUACCUGGUAGAGGUCCUAAAGUAAAAUUGGAUGCUAAGAAAGGAGUGGGUCACAGGCACCAACGUAAUAACUACUCAUUGUUCAGGAGAUCUACAUUCUUUCCACAUCAGGACAUGUCUUUCACGCUGCCUGAUGAAAGUAAAGAACAACUACUUGCAGAUGAAUCUGAGGAUGAUGCUGGAAACAGUAUUAUUGAAGAUAAUCCUGAAUUAAGACAUAUAGAAUUAUUGAGACAAGUGAAAGCCGAAAAAGAAGAAAGUUCUUUUCCUGCAUAUAAACAUGUUGGAUAUAAGUGUUCUCUGUGUGAAGAAGAACCUUUAACAGGUACAAGAUGGCAUUGUGUAGAAUGUCAGGAUGGAAUGGAUUUAUGUGGUGAUUGUGCAGUAGCGCAACUAGAAGUUGAAAAUCCAUUACACGAUCCAUUGCAUAGAUUAAUUCCUAUAAAACCGCCACAGUAUAGCAGAAGUUACGACUUAGAUUACUGCCCACAAAAUUUUAGUAACUCAUCUUAUAAUUAUUUGGAUCCGAAUUUUUUACCCGAAUAA